GUUAUCAGUUCCCCUUCGAUCCCUGGAUACAACAUGAACGCCAAGGUCCUCCUUCUCCUCGGUCUGGCAGCCAUUGCCGCCGCAGACAGCUUCGAGUCCUUCGAGUACAGGCCACCACAGCACUCAAGGGAAGAUUCCUUCGAAUCCUACGAGUCCGGUGAGGCCAAGUACGACUUCAACUGGGCUGUCGAUCACGACCCUUCAAGCAACGAGUUCGGACACCAGGAGGCCCGCGACGGCGACCACACUCAGGGAUCCUACUACGUGCAGCUCCCCGACGGCCGCCUGCAGACCGUCAAGUACUUCGUGGACGGCGACUCCGGCUACGUGGCUGAGGUCAACUACGAGGGCGACGUCUCCCUCGAAUCCGCUUCCUUCGAGUCUCAGGAGAACAGACCGCGAUACGUCUAUGACUCCAACGAGUCCAAGUAAAUCGCUGUCUGACGCAUUUCGACGUUUGAUGAAGACGACCCAAGAUUAUUUAUUUGUACAAAUUAUUCAUGAUGUAAAUAAAUUAUUAGGAAUGCCUUA